AUGGCCUCGACCUACGCCGUCCCUCCCGCCUCGUUCCACGACGGGCAGGCAAACGAGCCCCGCAAUCCCUCCCCGCCAACGGGCACUCAGCGCCGAUUGACUGCCAAUUCGUCCUUUGAUCCGAACCAUCUUUCUCCCGCGUCGCAAUUCCAAAGCAGUUCCGUUUCGCCUAGCUUCAACGAUACCCCGGCCGAAUCCAUUUCCACCUUCAGUCAGUACCAGAGCGAUUACAGUGACAUGGAUGACUCGCUCGACCCCUUCUUCGGAGUCGACUUCAACUCGACAGAGCCCGGAACGCCCUCCUUCCUGGGCGCAGGAGACAGAACCGACAGCUUCGGUCAAACCACAGUUGCCCAGACUCUGAAGGCGCGCAAUGGAGCCCAAGACCACAGCUCCUAUCCUUUCACGCCUGAACAAACAGCCUCGCUGCACACGAACUCUCCCGGAAGCGACCCUAGGACGAAUGCCACGUCCGUACCCGACCGGCUUCCAACCUCGAUCUCGCCGCAGGAGCUUCAGAAGCCCUUUCAAGCACCUUACCCCAUUUCCACCUACGCUGUGCAGCCCGCCCUGACGCUUCAGCCCACGCCUGAUCCCAGCGGCAGCGGCCGGUCCAGCGAGGACGGGGCCGUGCCGUCGCCCGGCUUAAUGGCCGCCCAGAGUCCCCGUGUUACCGUCUCCAUGUGGGGCAAAGAUGACUCUGAGCCCAUCCAGUCCAUCGAGCGCACCUUCACGCCCGAGGACGAGAAGUCCUCAACGGCUCGGGGUGGAGGGGUAAGCUCUGCCGGCGAUUUGAUGUCAUCGCAGGAUCAAAGCUCGUUCAAGCCAUCUUCACGGCGCUCAUCAUUCAGCCGUCGCGGUCUAGACCCGGACAACAGGCCUUCCAUAGAAAUCGCGAGCGUCAACGAGAUGGUCACGCGCCGUGAGAUCGAGGAGAAGAACCAGGAGGUGGAUCAGUGGCUGAAAGGCUCCAUCCCGGCGCCGCCUCAGAAACAGGAUGACUUCCGAGCUAGUCCUGAAGAUCUGACCGAGAAUGAUCGGCUGAACAGACCUAUCCCUUUGGGCAACGACACCGAGAACCGGCAUCAACCUGGACAGACCUAUUUCAACGCUGGAGGCGGUGAGAUGACAGCCACAGACUUGCAUAUCAUGCAUGAGAAUAGGGUCUGGGGAGAUUCUCCAGUGGCUCAUCCGAUUAACGCACCGGAGCCAGGCAAAUACCAGCCCUUGUCAUCAAACGAUGCAAUCGCUAGGUUCAACAGAAUGUGCAUGGACAACGAAUCCAUUGUAUCCAAAGCGGCUACCUGGGGCACACGUCGAAGGAACUCUCUGCCCAGUCUCAAUGAUGUGGACGUUGAAAACGUUACCAGCGGUAGCAUACUGAAGAAGCUGUCCAUCAGCAGAGGCGAAGGCGGCCGAAGACCAAGCAUCUUGAAGGAGCUGCGCGGUAUAGUUCGCAGGCCAAGCAACACAUUCAAGCGUUCCAGAAGCAUUCAUGAGGACGAGCCUGUCAAGUCCGAGUCUUCUCCCCCUGAGAAACGCGAUAGCUUUCCUACUCUCAUGGCGGGCCGCACUACCAGUUGGGGAAAACAGAAGACGCCUACUCCGAGCAUCAACACCGCCCUUGUCUCGAUCGGCGGUGCUGCCGGCUCUAUCGGAGCAACGCACGCCCGCACCGGCUCUAUCAGUGCCACGCCUAUUACUUCACCCAAGAGCCCCUUCGGCGGCUUGCAGGUCAGGAAUACCCUUCGAAGGCCGAGAAGCAAGUCCGAUCUGCCUAAGGGAGCCAGCAACGAAACGCACUCUAACCUCGUCGGUAUGUGGAGGAAGACCGGUGGUCCACCAGUUGCGGCUCUCGCGAAAACUUCCUCCACGAAUCUGGAUCUGGAUGAUGAGGACGAUGAUGACGAGGAAUUCGAGGAUGGCGAAGUCGACUCGGAGUCCGGCAAAUUGAUUGACAGCGUGACGCCCAACUUCGCAGGAUUCCAACAACAUAUCCUCCGUCUGAAUCCUGACUUGGCCCAUCCGAAGAACAACUUCCUGGUGGACCGCAUCGCUCACCAACAGGUUGUUCGAUACAAGAGCUUGCUCAACGCCCGGGUGAAGCACCUUGGCAUUGGAGCAGCCUGCACCAGCGGUGCUCUCUGCCAAGCUCGCGGUGGCCGUCCUACCCUGCUUGACCAAAAGGGCGACCCGCGGGAACUCGAUCCGUUGUCCUCCGGAUUUGACUCUGGAGAUGGCGACUCAACACCUAUCGAGGGUGCCAUCACAAAAGACAGCUUCCCUCAAGAUAUACCCAUGCCACCUACACAGUCCCUUCCGGCCGAGUUUGAGUGCCAGCUGUGCUUUACGCUGAAGAAGCCCAAGAAGCCCUCCGACUGGACCAAGCACGUCCACGAGGACGUGCAGCCUUUCACCUGUACCUGGGACAAGUGCCGCGAUCCCAAGAUCUUCAAGCGCAAGGCCGACUGGGUACGCCACGAGAACGAAGGUCAUCGCCAUCUCGAGUGGUGGACUUGCGACGUGGAGGACUGCCGUCAUACCUGCUACCGCCGCGACAACUUCUUGCAGCAUCUCGUCCGCGAACACAAGUUCACGGAGCCGAAGAACAAGACCAAGGCCGCCAUCAAACGUGCCGGGAUUAUGGAUCCCACAUGGCAGAAGGUGGAGCAGUGCCGUCACGAAACGAACAAGAGGCCGUCGGACGAAGAGUGUCGAUUCUGCGGAAAGCAAUUCCCGUCCUGGAAAAAGCUCACGGUUCAUUUGGCCAAGCACAUGGAGCACAUCAGCUUGCCUAUCCUUCGACUCGUCGCAGCCAAGGAGCUGGAGCCGGAUACGAUCAUCAGUCCCGUGCAGGAUCCGCCACCGAGAAACAUCUUCAACGAACCCAUCAGCGCCGUCUCGGGCGUGAAGAGCGAGCCGUCUCAGGGUCCGAACUAUGCGCAACCAUCGUAUCAACCCCACACCAUGAUGGGCAGCAACAACGGAGCGUUUCAAAGUAUGGAUCAGUUUGGCUUUACCACGAGCAACACGGUCAACCCCCAAUUCCAGGGAUACAUGUUCGGUCAACAAUACCCAAACAACGGUCAACCGAUGGGACAGAACGUGAUGGGUGCUCAAAGUGGUCGCGGGUUAAACCAGCAGUAUCACACGAACAACAUGGCCAUGUCAGGUGGUCAAUAUAUGGGAACACAAUACAUGCCGGUGGCAUCAGACACUGAGCCGUUCCCGUCCAUGGACCAGAAUGCUCUUGGGCUACAACAUCCUCCGCAAUUCGGAUCUCAAAUGAGCUACGAUGGUAUGUUGGGACAGAGUAACGUCAACGAGAACCCGUACAGCUCCCAGGGGUCAAUCUCGCCGUACUCGCACUCCCCCCUUCAAGGUGGCUCGGGCUUCUAUCCUCCUCAGUAA